GUAGAUGAUAAAUAUCCAUGGUAAGCGUUCACUGUGUUGGAAAUGGAACCAGACUCAAAUCUCGCCAGUUUGUCGCGGCCCAUGACGACUCCAAGAUUGAGGGUGGAAAUGAUGAAGGCGUCAACGGCCCGGGUCCGAGAAGAGUUGACGUACAACAUGUGAGCGAUCAGAUGGGGAUCUCAAUCCUAGUAUGACGUCUGCCGGUUUAUUGUUGGGGAGAAAACGCCUGAUACCGCAGUUGAAUGUUUCUAGCGGUGUUACCAACGGCAGGCUGAGAAAAGGGGAAGCAAAUGCCAUCCUCUAGAAAAGGGCCCUUUCCCUGGGAAUCUGACACGGUGUGCCAUGCCUGUGUCAUCACAGUGUGUGUUCUGAGAGUAACACGGGGCUCCUGGACCUUCCUAAUGCUCUGCAGUAAAACGCCCGACGGAUUCACAUUGGCGAAUAACAAUUUUUCAAAACGAGUCUUGGAUGCAUUCGGAGUUCAAAUCGCAAGCCGGAAUUAAGCUAGUCAGAAUGAUUCCUGUGCGUCAGACUGAGGUACGAUGAUUUUAAUCGGUCACAAGGCUACCGGUGCGAAGAAUGGUAGAGAUGGUGACGAAGCGAAGAAUCAAGAAUCGAUGCUGAUUAGGUCUCUGUCAAUUGGUGCUUCAAUGGAUAUCAAAUUUUAG